AUGCUCGCAGCGUACAAUGCUUCUCAGCUACGGAUUGAAUCUGGCAAACCACCAAUUAAGCACGGCCGCUUCACCUCACCACAUCUAAUAGAUCGUUGGGAUUGCAUCACCAUUGAUGAGAAAACAAUAUCCGAAGCCAUCUUCAGGCAAGUCGAGGCAAAAGUUCUGGCGCGCAACAUAUCCGAAAACAUUCAAGCAACAGAAUUUGAGCUGCUUACCGCGACUGCUUUCGAGAUAUUCACGCUGGAGAAUGUGGACAUCGGUGUCAUCGAAGUUGGUAUGGGUGGUCGUCUCGACUCUACCAACAUUCUAGGUCAGACGUCUGAGUUUGACGAGUUGGAGUCAAACCAACAGAACAGGCCAAAGCCACUAGUGACCGCCAUCUCGACUAUCGCGUUAGACCACCAGGGAUUCCUCGGAAACACAUUGGUCGAGAUCGCCACACAGAAAGCUGGCAUCAUGAAGCCAGGAGUGCCGCUUGUUCUGGCAAUGAACGAUGAAGCAGUGACUCGGCACAUUCUUCAACUUGCGUCUGAAGCAGGCGUGACACAGAUCUUGCACUCGAAAGACACAGCAGGCUUCGACGUGACACGCGCGACUAGCACAACCGAUGCAGCACAUGCUCGUCAACAGAACGGCGCAAUGGCCUUUACAGUUAUCUGGCUAGCGCUCAAGCAGUUGAACCGUCUUCCUGCUCCACCUACUACGCAAGCUGCUUGCGGCUCCUCUACCUUGCGCAACGAGAUACGCACAUCAAGCCUCUCAGCACUCGCAAGCACACUACGCGCCGUACCGGAAGGAGUCGUCUGGCCUGGUCGUCUGCAAGAUAUUGAUCUUUCAUCUCUCACCAACUACAAAUCCCCCGCCCUCCUCGACGGCGCGCAUAAUGUCGAAUCAGCCACUGUACUUGCGAAUACGGUACGCCUUCGUGCUGGCGAUCGUCCGGUGGUCUGGGUCCUUGCUGCCUCAAAAGGGAAAGAUUUGACAUCCAUGUUCGAGUUAUUGCUUGCAGGCAGAUCUGAAGAUCGUGUCGUAGCUACAGAGUUCGGAGCUGUCGACGGCAUGCCCUGGAUCACGGCGACGCAAGUGGAGGUUGUCAAAACAGCUGCCACGACCAUACUGCCUGGGGACAGUGUGACUGUAGAGAAGGAAAUUAGCGUCGCUUUGGAGAAGGCAUCUCGACUGGCCGAGGAGACGAAUGCUCUUCUCGUUAUCGCUGGAAGUCUUUAUCUUGUCGGCGAUGUGUUACGUCUGGUGCGUGAUGCAGGUGGUGCAAUCAAGUGA